AUGAACUCUGCUGCUGCUGCUGCUGCUGCUCCAUUGCGAAUGCUGUCGUGCAGCCGAGCAGCAGCAACAUCGGCAGCAGCAGCAACAGCAGCAGCAGCAACAACGACAGCAGCAGCAGCAGCGUCAAGAGCAGCUCGGGUGCCGGCGUGGAAGCACUACGAAGUGCUGCAGCGCAGAUGCAGCACAACACCAGCAGCAGCACCAGCUGCUUCUGCUGCUGCAAAGCUGCGCCCAACAGGUACAGCAAGACCUAGACACGCUGCAGCAGCAACAGCAGCACAACUGCAACAAUGGUCUGCAGACGGAAACCUUGGCAGCACUAACUGCAGCAGCAGCAGCACCAGCAGCAGCAGCAGCAGAGGAUGUGUCGAGGGUGUGCAGCUGCAGCAGCAGCUGGAGCAGCUGUGCGCUCUCCCUGCUGCUGCGCUUCUGGGUUUCCUGCAGCAGCAGCUGCAGCAGCGGCGUUAUUCUAUGAAGUUGCUGCUGCUGCUUCCCCCGCUGCUGCAGCGUGCUGCUGACACAUACCAGCCAGAAGAACUUGUUGCUGCUGCUGCUCUCACUUCUGCUAUCAGCAGCAACAGACGCUUGGCCCUUCAACACUGCCUUCAGCAGCUGCAGCAGCAGCAGCAGCAGCAGCAGCAGUACGGCGAGCAGCAGCAACAGCAGCAGCAGCAGGCACUGCUGCUGGAAUCUCCUCAGGAGAAGAAAUCGUGCGUUAAGGCAGUGAGGCAGCAGAUUUGCUUGCUGCAGCAGCAGCAGCAGCAAUUGCAGCGCGUGGAGCAGCAGCUAAGCCAAGUCCUUUGCUGCUGCGCCAUGAAGCUUUGCAAGCAGCAGCAGCAGCAGCAGAAGCAGCAGCAGCUAGUGCACGUGCUGCAGCAGCUCCACCGACGAGCCACAGCAGUUUGCUGCUGUCUUGAUGUGCUGCUGCGGCUUCCUUUAGCUGUUGCAGAGGCUCAUGCUGCAGCACGAAGUGUUGCUGCUGCUGCUGCAGCAACACUGCAGCAGUUCGCGGCUGCUGGGGAAUACGAAUUUGAAGCCAGUGGUGCUGCUGCUGCUGCACCUGCUUGGCAGCAGCAGCAGCAGCAGCUGCUGCAGCAGCUUCCUCUUUUCUUAGGAAGACUGAUUGAGGCGUGUCUAUCAGGGCCUUUAGCGGAAGCCGUCAGUAGCAGCAGCAGCAGCAGCAACAGCACCAGCAGCGGCAACAGCAACAACAGAAACAGCAGCACCCUGGGUGAACAAAGGCAUCUCGCUGCUGCUGCUGCUGGGGCAGCUGCAGGCCUUCUCUCGCUGCAGCAUCGCGUCGCUGCUGCUGCUGCUGCGGCUGCUGCUGUUUCCCAACGAUCACCAACCGCGGAGCAGCAACAACAGCAGCAGCAACAGCAGCACCAGCUAGCGGAGAGCUGGGUGAAGCAGCAAGCGGAAUCAGCAGAACAGCUUAACAGCAGCAGCAGCGCCGACAGCAGCAGCAGCAGCAGCAGCAACGAGGUGUGGGGCAUGAGGGAGACAUAUCGCCUGUUGGCGCUUACCUUUAAAGAGGCAGCUAAAACACAGGCUGACUUGUGGGGCCCGUUGAAGACUGUCUGCUGCAGCUUUGCUGCUCUACCUACUGCUGCUGCUGCUGCUGCUGCUGACGAUAUCUCCUGCUGCAGCAGUACUGUCAGUCUCUGGCUCGCUAUCGUUGCUGCGGCAACGCCAGCAGCAGCAACAGCAACGGCAACAGCAACAGCAGCAUCAGCAGCAGCAGCAGCAGCAACAGCAGCAGCAACAACAGCAACAUCAACAGCAGCAGCAACAGCAACAGCAGCAGCAACAACAACAGCAACAUCAACAGCAGCAGCAAGUGGGGAAACGGUUUACUUGGGCAAAAGGGAUGCCUUCGAGGCUCUUGCUGCGGCACCCAGCAGCAGCAGCAACAGCAGCAACAGCAGCAACAGCAGCAACAGCAGCAACACCAGCAGCAGCAGCAACAACAACAACAUGUGUGAGUCGGAGGACGCCUCUCUCAUUGGUAGAGGGCGCAGGCGUCGUCCGUUUGCUGCUCCUUCUGUUGAGGCAGCAGCAGCAGCAGCAGCAGCGCCAGCAUCAGCAGCAGCAGCAACAGCAGGGGCAGCAGCAGCAGCUCUGCCCAGUCGCUUUGCCGCUGCUGCUUCUCGUGGUUUUGCUUCUGCAUUGUUUGCUGCAGAAUUGCUGCUGCUGCGCUCUCUCCUGAGGGCAGCAGAAGCAGCUGCAGGGACACAGCAGCAGCAGCCGCAGAAGCAACCGCUGCAGCAGCAGCAGCAGCAACUACAGCAACAGGCGCUGCAGCGCCAGCUGCAGCAGAUGUCUACUCGAGUCUUAUCUCAACUGCUGCAGGCGGCAGCUGAACUGCAGCAGGCAGCAGAAGCCCUGAGCCCCCCCGCAGCAGCAGCAGCAGCAGCAGGAGUUGCAGUAGAAGACAUUGCUGCUUUUGCUGCUGCUGCUGUUGCCGCUGCAAUGCCUGAGUGCUGGCGCUGCUCCCCCCGCGAUGUGCUGCGGAUGCUCCGGAGUGUAGAGCGGCUGCUGCUGCUCUCCACAAAGCAACAGCAGCAGCAACAGCAGCAGCAGCAGCAGCAGCAAAGGCAGAGGCAAAAUACCUUGCCGCGUGACAGCAGUAACAGCUGCUCAGGCAGCAGCAGGAGCAGCAGCAGCAGCAAACUCGUGUUGCAGCCGCAGCUUCUGUUGUUUUUUGGGGGGCUUUUGAUGCGGUCCCUGCAGGCAGCAGCUCGUCGGCUGGAGCAGCGGCAGCAGCAGCAGCGACGUCGCAGCAGCAGCAGCAGCAGCAGCAGCAGCAGCGCUGCGGAUGCUCUGGACUCGCCGCAGAGGUCUCCUGAAGUUUUGCUGCUGCCUCUUGAUGCAGCAGAAGCAAACGAAAUUAUAUCCCUAGCGAGUCGCUUACAACUGGAGGCGCAGCUGCCUGCUGCAGUGAGACAUACAGCAGCAGCAGCAAGAUCGACCGCAACAGCAGAAGCAGCAGCAGCAACAACAACAAACUUAGACGAGGUGACGCAGCCGCUGGCUGCAGCACGAACAUCAUUUCAAGGCCAGCAGAUGGACCGGCAGCAGCAGCAGCAGCAGCAGCAGGAACAGCAGCAGCAGCAGCUGGAGAGUAAGGGUUCAUUCUGUGCGCAAAUGAGGCUGCAGCAAGUUGCAUGUACACUCCAAGGAGGUGCUGGAAAUGAAGCAGCAGCAGCAGCAGCAGCAGCAACAGCAAAACGGCUGGCUGCUUUAGGGCAUCGGCUCUCUUCCCUCGAUGAAGCAACGGCUGCAGCUACACACAAUAGCAGCAGCAGCAGCAGCAGCAGCAGCAGCAGAUCAAGACCUGUCUUCAGACGCGCUGGGCAGGGAGGGAGUAGGGUUGAGCAGGAGAAGCUGCAGCAGCAACAGCAGCAGCAGCAGGAAGGACGUCUGCAGCGUGCAGCUGCGGCUGCUGUACCAACAACAGCAGCAGCAGCAGCAACAGCAGCAGCAGCAGAAGACUCAGCUCGCGUGCUGCGGCUGCUUACAGAGGCCCUGAAGGAUGGGCCUGGGGGAGAUCGCUACGGUGUCUGGGCAGCAGAAGCAACAGCAGCAGCAACAGCAGCAGCAACAGCAGCAGCAGCAGCAGCAGCUCCCCUGCAGCAGAAUCAAAACCAUGAAAAGCAAACCAUCCCAAAGAAACUCAUGAGCGGCAAACCUCGCAACAGCAACAGCAACACGAAGCCUUGCAGAAGCAGCAGCAGCAGCAGCAGCAGCGGAAGCAGCAGCAGUGGUGGGGAUCGAACAGCAAAGCAGCAGCUGCAGCAGCAACUGCUGCAGCGCGAGAGAAUGAGGAAAGCGUUUGCUGCGGAAUGA